CUCUUCAUAUCACUCGCCUUUGUGAAGUGUAUACUUCACAGAUACCUUCUACGAUGUUAAUUUACAAUAGUAUUAAUAACAAAUUUGUUUAGAAGUGAUGUCGUGGCCAUCUGAUUUGAAAAUGUGUAUUCGGCUAAUUAGUUUGUAGAGUUAUGAAACUUUUUUUUAAAAAUAAAUAAUAUGAAUAAAAUUUAUAAUUUUUUUUACUGAUUAAUUGAAGAUAUUAAUGAUGGGAACUAUAGCAAAGGAAGAGGAAGAACUUAUGAAGGACUCAAAGUACAAAUUGUAUGUCAGUCAGAUUGACAAGUCCUUAAGAAAUUUUGAGUACAGCAAUGAAUGGGCUGAUUUAAUAGCUGCUCUAGGAAAGUUAAACAAGGUUAUUAACAACUAUGCAAAAUAUCCAGUUAUUCCUAGACGUAUCAAAAUCAGCAAAAGGCUUGCUCAGUGCAUGCAUCCUGCUCUUCCAUUUGGUGUUCAUUUGAAAGCAUUAGAAACUUAUGACCUCAUAUUCAAGUCUAUGGGCACGAACAGGCUUAGCCAUGAACUAUUCAUUUAUAGUGCAGGGUUAUUUCCUUUGUUCGGGCGAGCGGCGAUGAAAGUAAGACCUGAUUUACUAAAAGUUUAUGAAACCCACUUUGUCCCACUUCGUGCAAGAUUAAGACCAGCAUUACCAGGGUUUUUGAGUGGUGUUCUUCCUGGACUGGAAGAAUCGUCUGAGUAUUUUACGAGGACAAAUACCCUCUUGGAGAAUGUUUGUGAAGGAGUAGGACCUAGCCAUUUUUAUGGAUGCAUCUGGGAUUGCUUAGCUUCAAAUUCUUGUGUCAGGCUUCCAGCUAUAUCUUAUAUACUUGCACAUUUUGAUAAGAAACUACCCACGGAAGAUCAGGCGCAUAUUAUGGGAAAUAACAUAGAUGUUAUGGUUUGUGGAUUAAUUGCAUGUAUUGAGGAUUCUAGUAUUUUAGUACAGAGAUGUGCUUUGGACCUGCUGAUAAUAGGAUUUCCGAUGCAUAGCUGCCAUAUGACCAAUGAUGACAUGAUACGUCUAGUUACUGCAGCUCUAGUUACGAUUCUUAGGAGAGACAUGUCUCUAAACAGGCGAUUAUAUGGGUGGUUAUUGGGUACCGAGGUAAAUAUGACUUUACUUUCCCACCAUCCUCAGAUGAGAAAAGCCAAAGCUGAAAAAAGAAAUGCCAAUUACUUUGAUGUGUUUUCUAAAGAAAUGCUAGUAAAGGCCAUCAAAAUAAUUUUGGAUUAUGCUAUUGGAAAAUCACCCCAUGAUUUAAAGCCAUAUAAACUGUUAGUGUCUCUAAUUGACAAAGAUGACAUUGGUCCUGUGAUUAUAGAUGAUAUCCUGUUUGAAGUUUUCAGGUUACUGUACCUUUGUUAUAACAUGGAUUCUAAACCGAACACUAGCGAUCUCCUUAAAAAUGCUAAUUUGCUGUUCGGAGCUUUAGUCCCUAGAUAUUUAUGGGAAUAUGUCGGACAACUUUUUUCUGUUGCAUGUUCUCAGUAUCAUGGAACAAGUUUGUCUGACAAAGAAGAAAAUCCUGUUAAAAGAGUAGGAAGUGGAAGUCCAAACAUUGUAGAGGUUUGUGCAUUAGCAGAGUUUCUUCUGGAUAUUGUUUCUCUUGAAACUUAUACUGAAACUUCAAGUGAGCAUUUGCCAUCUCUCUUCCACCAUUUGGUUUUACAAUUAACUGAACACUGUGACAGCCUGUCUGCUAAACAGGUCGCUCGCGGUUUGAAAUUAUGUGCGAAAAUCCUUACCCGAGUUCAGCCAGCUAUAGUUGGAAGUCAUACAACAGGCAAUGUUCCUUUAGAUGAAGAAUUGGAUAGCCCACAAACUACUGCGGAUAGUACGAGUCUUGACGAAGAAGUUUCUUCAGAAGUAAACCAUGAGAAAUCUGAUUCAGUUUUCGAACAGUGUCUGAGGCAAUAUGAACGUUUUUAUGUUACUUUUAUCUAUGGAACGAGGCUCAAGGUUGGCGAAACGAGAAGCAUUUCACUCAUACUAGAAUCUCUCCGCGUCAAGUCUUUUCAUUCCAAUUGGGAAGAAGAUGUCAAACAAAUAGAUCUUAUUCUUUCUUUAGAAGGCGUUAACAAUAACGACCAAAUUAUUAGUUCUGUAACUAACGAGCAGCCUCGAACUAAAACUCCUGGCGAGGAAUGGGUCGAACCUAUGAAAGUAGCAUCCAGGCUUCUUGUAGAUCUUUCGACGCUACAGACAUUUUUUAAAUCUCCUCAUUCAAAAAAAAUGUUUGAGACCAACGUUUCAGCCGGCGAUGAGAGCAACUAUACAGAGUUUCUUCCGGAAUGGCUUCGAGUUUUGAUAGCGUGUGCCUGCUGGUUGCCUUCGGCUGUUCCACUCCAGUUUGUUGCUAUAUCGACCCUGCUAGAUCUCAUCGAGUUGUGUAGGACUGCUCAAUCGUUAGUUCAAACAAGUUCAGAAGACGUUCUGACUCCUGUUCUGAUACUACCUUUACUUUCGCCUCCUCAUCUCAGGUUUAUUGAGAAGCAUACGUAUAUAUUUCAAAUCAUUGCUAGGUGGCUGUGGAAUCAGUUGGCGAAUUUGGAAUAUAAAUUAAAAUGUGUAGAACUAUUGUAUCAACUUCACAGCAUGCUGCUUAAUAAUGACGUCGUCGAAAACUGUAUUUGCAACUCAUUGAAGGGAAUUGGUAUGACUCCUGAUGAACGAUUAGAGUCUUUUCGAAGAUUUGCAUCCCUUUGGCAUAUUGGACGCGAAAUAAAUGCUAAACAGGGAAAUUCACUAAGGAUUACAGAUAUAUUUUAUAAGUCUAUGUUAAAGAUGUUGGAUAAUUUAAAACUUCCUGAAAGUGACUGUUUAAAGGUAGAAGCUCAAAAUUGGCUCUUUCAUUCUUUGAUUCGAAAUGACCUUCCAAGAAUACUCGAUCCUAUAUUUUAUAUACUACUUGAUCAUCCAACCGCUCGCUUGAGUGUUCUUCAUAUCAGAGCGAAAACCACUGAUGAUAUUAAUUCUACUAAUACUCAUGAAGAGCAUAAAAAUGUUUAUGCAGUAAGCUCUGUAAAUGGAACACUAGUAUAUCACUCCGACUCUAAGAAAAAAUCUACGAAUAAAAAAGGGAAGCACAUAACUGCUGUUACAUCUAUGACGAACCAAAGCUCGAAAUUAAAUCCUAAAUAUGUGACGGAAAAAAAUGAAGAAAAUCUACAAGUAUUUGAUAAUACAAAGGACAAAAAUGCUAGUCAAAGUAUUUCUGUUUAUGUUAAUCCAUUGUCUGCCAAUCAGCCUGAAAUCAAUACAGAUUUUGAUGAAUAUUUCGAAGACACAAAUGGUAAUGAAUUUCCAUCAGAAAAUAGUGAGUCUGCUCCGAAGGCAGUACAAACAAAUAUUGAUAGCGUUAAAAAUAGUAGUGGUAAAAAUAAGUCAAGUGAACAAGAACCUGGAAAAACUGGGUUUGGAAUAAAUACAGCUCUUAAAAUAUCUUCUCUCGAUUUGUUAAAUAUAUCUGAUACCAUAUUUACCAAAGUUAGUGAUGGCGAAAUCAGUAAAAUACAUAGAGGUUCAUUCUCGAGCGAAGGGAUUUCUACGAUAAUAUCCGAUGAAACCGAAACAUCUUUAGUCAGUGUCGAGAGUAGUGGAAUGGUGAGAAGUUGGUCUUUUCCGGGGAAAGAUUUAGACAAUAACAGUGAUCUAGAAGAAUCGGCUGCUGCUGAAGAAUAUUUUAAUGGUCAAAGUGAUGAUUCUAUGGCAGUGGUGGAGUAUAUUCUCGGUGAUCUGUUAGACAGAGUUGUAUUUCUUUCUGGAGACCUCGAAGUUACAACCAAGCCUGUGAAAGCCCAAGUAAAACCGAAAUCUCAGAAUCGGAAAUUACAAUACCAACCAACAAUUACUUCUCAUGGUAGCUGCACAGAUCCAUUGCACUCUCAUAUACUAUUAUACCAGAAGAAAUUUGAAGCGGACAAAAUAUUGUAUGCUUUAGAAACAUUAAGGAAUAUAAUUGUUCAUAAUCCAAGACUUUUUUUACACUAUUCAUCGACGACACUUCUUGUUUCGAGGUCGCCUAUCCUGAAUGCACUAGCGAGGCACAGAAAAUCAUUAUUUGGUAGAGGAUUUUAUGGAGACUUAGAUGGUGGUAACAUUCGAACCGCUAUGUAUCUCGAAGUUAUUAUGAAGACUUGUUUAUAUUUCAUCCGUAGUUUUUAUCAUUUGGAACAACAUAAUAUAACGCAGAAAGACAUUGAAGGCAACAAAAAAGUUCAAAUUUGUGCGACUGAUAUCUUGAGGUUGCUGUGCAGUGAAAUGAUAACUUUCGUUAAAGCAAACGGCAGGAGUCUAUCGUAUUAUCUCGCAGAUAUGUUCACACGAUUGAAAUUAUACAAAAUCGUUCUGCAUUGCGUACUGACUAGUUUGACACCUGUAAGAACAGAGAGUGGACAACUCUCUCACCAGGUUCUUAAAUUUAAUGACGGUUUUGAUAUUAAUUAUCAAAGGCUUCCUAUGCAUUCUGAGACUCUUCAAAUACAAUUAAUGAGAUUCCUUUUAUCAUUACUGAUUUUGGAGAGGGAAAUAAGCUUCCAUCGGACCGAAUCUUCAACUUCAGACAAAAACGUUGAUUCUCUCUCUGAUCUUCGCUAUAUUAACGGACGGCUGAUUCCAGAACAGCCCAUGUUCUUAGCUAUUGUUUCAAGAGCUUUGGAAAUGCAACCGUAUUCUAGGCACACUCAUUCAUUUUGGACUUCAUUUGUUGCUUCAUCUUUGCCUUGUCUAGGAAAUGCGUUGACUAAAGUUGUAACGACUGUACUUAAGCAGAUAUGUAGCAACGUAGAAGAACUUUCUCAAUGUUAUGGUGGGAAAAGUAGUAUUUGUUUUCCACCUGAUUACGGAAUAACCCAGGUUGAAGCGAUGACUGUUCUUUGUCAUUUUUGUCUUCUUGAUUCAGCAUUUAAAAAUCAACCGCUUGUAUCAUUUCCUGGAUCUUGUUCGUCUCAGAUAUUCAACAAUUUGACUAACCUAAUUAUACCCAGUCCCGUUGUGAGCUUAAGUGCUGAAAUUAAUGAUGAAUCGUUGAUCAUGGCAAGGAAAUCUGUAUUAGGUCAUUUACCAAGAGUGAUUGCUAGUUCAUCUGUGCUUUGGCAAGCACUAAUCAAUAGAAAAGAAGCGGAAGGUGAAAAUUGCGAAGUCGGUAGCGGACGGAUCGUGAAACAACAAAUUUUGGACUUCCUGAGUCCUAUCGCUGUACAUCACUCAACCAGCUUUCUUGCUGCUAUGGCUGUUGUUUGGAGAGAAAGAAGAGUUCCAAUUACACCUAAUAAUUAUACCGUUAUACCAAAUGCAAGUGAUGAUCAAAAAGUUCUUGUACAACUAUUAACUGGUAUCAAGGCAAUGCCUAUCGAUUUAAUAGUGCAAACUUUGAGCCAAAUUGUAAAGCAACCCGCCAUGGAUCAGGAAAUUGCCGUUAGUGUGGAAGUGAGUGCUUUAGAAUUAUUUGUAAAUUAUACUCAGUUUGUGGCGGCGGGAAGCUUGUGUGACAGUUGGUCCAGUUUCCUUCAGCUGCUCAAGGAAUCACCCAGUCUUAGUCCGCCCGCACAAUUCCUCUUGCUUGGCGCUCUAAGUCAGUUUGUCGAGAAAUGUCCAACUUUCACUGAUAAAAAGGAUCUCAAAGAUAUUCAAGAUAUAACUGUCAAAAUGGUUGAAUCGUGCAUAACUAUUGCCGGUGCUUGCUUAGAGCAAACAACUUGGCUUAGGAGAAACUUAGCUGUCCGUGAAGAGGAACCUCCGGUUACUCCAGACAAAGAGGACAAAUAUUUUGAUGAUCUGGAGUCUACGGAAAUAGAGUCUUUAAUAACUGACGAGUCCUUUAUGGAAGAAAAACCCAAGAAAAACCGUAAAUCUAAACUGAAAAGGGUGACUAAAAAAAUACGCCAUGAUGCUGAAAAACUCCAAAUAAGUGCUAUGCAUGAAUGGUUCAUGAAGGCUAUUGGAAACGACUCCAAUGUCUCCUUUGAAAGUACAGAGAGAUCCAAAAAUGGUGGAAAUUCGGUAACACAGUACAGUGUUGGAGCUUUGACAGUGUUAGCACAGCUAUUGGCCCCAUUGUUGGACGUUGCCUUUGGAAACCAGGAAAAGGAAAGAGUUGUUACACUACUGAUAAAUUUGAUGUACAACGUUACACCUUAUCUUAAGAACCAUACACCAAGGAAUGCAGGAAGUUAUUACGCAUGCUCACAGUUGUUGGCAAACCUCAGUUCCUACCAGUACACGAGGAAGGCUUGGAAGAAGGAUGCUAUGGAACUAUUUUUUGACCUUGCGUUUUUUCAAAUGGAGUUGAGAUCUCUACAGCAUUGGCGUGUGAUAGUAGAUAAUUUAAUGUCUCAGGAAGACUCGACCUUUAGGGAGCUUAUGAACAGAAUAUCGGUAGCUCCAGCAAAUUCUCUCAAUAUAUUCUCCAGUAAAGACCAGGAAAAUGAGCAAAGAGCGCAGCUGUUGAAACGAUUAGCAUUUGUGAUAUACUGUAGUGAUACUGACCAGUUUUGUUCUCAUAUAAAAGAAAUACAAGAAAGAUUAUCUGAUUGUAUAAAGAUGCCGCAAAUCGUGCCAGGACUAGAAGCCCAAGUUUUUCUAUGCCUAAGGGUUCUUCUCUUAAGGAUGACACCAGCUCAUAUAAUCCCAUUAUGGCCGACAAUCAUCAGCGAAUUGGUUCAAGUUUUGAUGAAUAUUGAAGAGGAACUGUUGAGUGAGAGUGAAGAGAUACGGAAAGAAUCCGAUAGUAAUGGUUUGCUUUCGAUGGGAUGGCUUCAACUCCAGUUGGCAGCUGCUAAUUUACUGUUUCUUGCCGUUCAAUUACCAGCUGAUAGGUUACCCCAGUUUCAGAUGUAUCGAUGGGCGUUUGUUGGCGGUGAUGUCACAUCAUCAAACAAUAGUAAUGCGAGUCCUGAUUUUGUUCCACACGUUACCAGGAUUGCCCAACUUAUGGGUAAAAAGUAUGGAAAAAAAUUAGAAGCUUUACCUACUCCACUGCUUCCCACAUGCACAAAAGUUAAAAGCCUCGAGGACUUAUACCCAUUCUUCACAGCAUUAAGUACAGGAAAAUAUACACCACUGUCUGUUACUCAACUAGAGCACAACUUAGAACUCGAUUUUCUUGAUGUAAUGCCUUCUGGGCGAUAGCUGGACAAUCUUAUAUAGGUAACGAGGAAGUAGCAUUAAUUAAUAUAUUUUAUUAUCUUUUCUCUUUUCUUCAAGGUGUAUGUUACCUAAAAACACUUACAUUGUAUUUUUAUUAGGCAAUUUCUUUUUGUAGUUAUCCUAAAACUAAAAAAAAAAAGAAGAAAAAGAUUAUAAAGGGAUUUAUAUAAUAGCAAUUAGAUUUAAAGAUAAUAGUUUUGUUUAUCCAUUGAUUUUAUUUUUAUGAAAACAGUAUUAAUGUGAAUGGUAAUUAAGAAUUAUAUUAAUUAACAAGUUUGAAGAAGGUUAGAUUUGGUAAAAUAAAAUUCUGGGAAUGACGUUUCAAAGGAGUAAAAGUUCAGCAUAAACAAUUGUUUUUUUUUUUAUAAAUGUUUGCUUUAUCUUAAUUUUUAGUUCUCAGAUUUGUGCUUUUCACUCAGAUUAAUUGCUAUUAAAUUUCUUUUCUAAUUAAUGUUUUCAAAAACUUAAUUACUGAAUCAAAGGAAAGGUAUUAUAUUAUACUUCAUGACAUCGUAUGUUAAUUUAUACAAUUUAAUAAUAGUAGAUAGUAAGCUAUAGUAUAUUUCAUAUAGAGAAAGUUUUAUCUUGUUUUUUUUUUUGUUUUUUUUAAAGACUUGAAUUUUUCUCAUCCGUACAUUGUAAACUAUAUGUAAUGAUAUAUAUUUUUGGCUUUCGUUUUUAGUUCCUGAGAAUUAAUUAGUUCUUGUAAGUAAAUUAUUUUGAAUUUAAAGUUGCCUUAUAAAUAAAAUUUAAAAAAAAAAGUUUAUAUUUUAUUGUAUCAAGAUAACUAUAUGUAUAUAUUGUAAAUCUUAAAUUUGUAAGAAUAUUAAAAGUGCCUAUAUGAAAGUCAUGUACAUAGUUUUAAAAAGAACAAGAAAACAUUCCUGAAGAUUAUUAUUUUGUACAUAACCAGUUGUACAUUUGUUUAUUCUAGUUAUAAUUUCCCUUAUUUAUUUCAUAUUCAUUAAGAUUUUUAUUUUAUUUUUCACAAUCAGUGAUUAAAGCUUUAUCAGAAUUUAUGAACUUAAGUUUUGUUUAAUUUGUUUGUUUUUUUUUAGUUGUCUUCCAUUAAUCUUCCAUGUUGUUACCAUAAAUUUUAUUUCACUUAUUUGUUUUUAUCUUUAUGAAAACUUUAGUAGAUUUAAGAUUUCGUUACUUGUUAAUUAUGAGUGCUGCGAUUAAAAUCAUAUUACAAAUUAUAAAUUUAAAAAAAAAUAUGGAUAAAUAAUUGUAUUGACUGUGUCUAGUUUUAUUUCAAUUAUCUUAGAAUAAAUGGCAUCAAUGAUAUUCCUGUUGAAUGGAUGUAUUUGUUUAUAUAAUGAAUGAAGUGUGCUGAUGUUUAAAACAUACACUUCUCAUUUUAUCAUUUUUUAAAAUUAAGCAAUGGUAUUAUUAAUUCAACUGGUCUUUUUGAUAAUGAAUGCUUAAAUUUGUGAAGAAUAUAUUUUUUCAUACUUAUUGUGAUAUAUCAAAGAAACCACUCAAUUUAUUUGAAUUGUUAAAAUAUUCACCUACAAUAUUGUGAUUUUAUUUGUACAAAGUGUUGUUACGAUUUAAUUUGUUAAAAUUUAACAUUUAAACAAAUAAAUGAUUAUGUCGAUAUGAGUUGUUCUUAUCUCUGCAUCGUAUGUACAUACACAUAUAUAUUUUUUUAAACAACACAUUUGAAUAAUUUAGAUCAAUGUGACACAGAAGAAAGUCUGUUAAAAUGUUUAACUUAUACUUUUAAGUUUGCUUUAGAACAUUUUUGUCUAUAAGUAUGUAAUACAUUCUUACUUCUGA